GCAUUGGAGUCCCUGCAAGUCGUAAACUACCUGCCCCCUCCCCCCCCCCCCCCAGUCUCUAGACACCCGCCACCCGCCCGGCUGCUAGUCCCGGUUGUCGGUAGGGGGAAACUUUCUCAUGUGUUGAAACAUCUGUAUUUCCCCUGCUGAAAAACACUGUGACAAGUCCACAAGUGCCACAAAUUAUUCUGUACAGUAGUCAAGUCACCUUUGAAACCGGAGAAGUGCUGCUAGUGCAGAGUACAGUGGUCGAUCCGACCCAAUUGUGAGGUUGAUCUGAACGAUUAGCGUGUUGGCAUAUUACUUACAUCAUGUUGCGAAUUUUACUUCGGCAGAACUCGGUCAAUUAUAAUUUUCCAAAGUAUUCUACCACAAGGUGGAAGAGUUCCACCAGUCUGGACGACUAUGAUUACUGGCAACGUAGCAAGGUUCCAACGAUGCAUUUUCAGAAGUCACUUCCUCGUUUACCCAUCCCGGAACUAAAGAAGACCUCUGAAAGAUACUUGAAUGCACAGAGGCCUAUUCAGAAUGAUGCCAACUUUAGACAGACUGAAAAAUUAGUUCAAAGCUUCAUUUCAGGAGAAGGCAUACAACUCCAAAAGGAGUUGAAAGAUCAUGAUUCAAAAAACAAGCACACAAGCUAUAUUUCUGAACCUUGGUUUGAUAUGUACCUCCGCGAUCGAGUACCUUUACCAAUCAAUUACAAUCCUCUUUUGGUAUUUGUAGAUGACCCAAAAGAGGAGUUUAAUACGCAGCUUGUACGAACUAGCAACCUCCUGAUUUCCUCAUUAAGGUUCUUGAAAUCACUUCAAAAAGGCAUUUUAGAACCAGAAGUGUUUCAUUUAAACCCAUCGAAAAGUGAUACAAAUUUAUUUCGCACUGUCACAAAAUUGUUACCAUCAUCAGUAAGCUGGUAUGGGGCCUACAUGUUUAAUGCUUUUCCAUUGGACAUGUCCCAGUAUGAAGGUCUUUUUAAUGCCACACGAAUACCAAAGAAGGGCAAGGACCUCAUUUUUAGAAACCCAUCAGCACGGCAUGUCCUUGUCAUGAGAAAUGGUCAUUUUUUUACUUUCAAUGUAAUAGAUAGCAAUGGCCACAUUAUGGAGCCAGAGUAUAUUUCUAGCUGCAUAAAGCAUAUUCUGGAAGAUCCAAGUGCCGAAAACCAAUGCCCAAUUGGUGUUCUCACGACAGAAAAUCGAGACGUGUGGGCUGAAGCAAGAGAUCACCUGGAAAGAUUAGGAAAUAAAGAGGUUUUGGAAUUAAUAGAUAGUAGUAUAUUUUGCAUUUGCCUUGAUGAUAAAACUGUUGGCGACAACCCUGAAGUUAUAACAAGAUCAUUCCUGCAUGCUGAUGGUGUUAACAGGUGGUUUGACAAAUCACUAUCUCUCCUUGUGUCCAAAGAUGGCAAGGCAGCUGUAAAUUUUGAACAUUCUUGGGGUGAUGGUGUUGCAGUUUUAAGAUACUUCCAGGAUAUACACAAAGAUUCCACUUCACAUAGAUGGAUCCACCCUGAGUCAGAAAAGUCCUUCAAAGAUGUUGCGAAGCAUAUCUCAAAACUUGAGUUCAAACUAGAUGAAAAGGCUAAAAAUGAUGUGUUAAAAGCCAAGGAAAAGUAUAAUUCCUUUACCAAUUCGCUUGGUUUUUCCUUCUUUGAAUUUCAUGGUUUUGGGAAGACACUUUGUAAAGCUGCACAAGUUAGCCCGGAUUCCAUAAUGCAACUUGGAUUUCAGCUGGCAUACAAUAAAUUAUCUGGAAAAUAUGUUGGGACUUAUGAAUCAUGCAGUACAGCUGCUUUUAAGCAUGGUCGAACUGAAACAAUGAGACCCUGUACUAUGGCCACAAAAGAAUUUUGUGAAUCUCUUCGAGGUUCUCACCAACCAGAUUUCCAAAUCCUGAGAAGUAUGUUGUCAAAUUGUUCAAAAGUUCAUAGUAAUCUCUCACGGGAAGCUGCUAUGGGACAGGGCUUUGAUCGCCAUCUCUUUGGUCUUCGAAAAGUGGCCGAACGAAAGGGAAGUGCACUGCCAGAAAUAUUUAAAGAUCCUGCAUAUGCUACUCUUAAUCACAAUAUUGUAUCAACUUCAACUCUGUCAUCUGAUGUUGUGGCUCUCGGUGGUUUUGGACCUGUAGUCAAGGAUGGACUUGGCAUUGGUUACAGUAUUUAUGACAACAGACUUGGUGCUGUUGUUAGUUACUACAAAGGGUCUGCAGAUGGGAAUGGUUUCAAGGACUGUCUAGAAGAGGCAUUCAGAGACAUUCAUAAGGCUCUAUUAGUAAAAUAGAUGUACUGAACAAAUAGCUGCAAUUCCUAAAUUAUUUUAUCUGACAAAAGACUCAACAAGGUUCCUCUCGUUAGGUAUUAAAGAAAUCGUUAUAUUAAAUGCAUGUGAUUUAGGCUUUUGAAAGCAACCAAUAAUAGUUUCCAUCUUGUAUUACGUGUAAUCCAUGACUCUUUUUACAAUUGCCAUUGUUAUUAAAAUUUUAAGGCAUUUGA